AUGGAGGACCUGCAGACCCUCUACGGCCCCAACUGGCUCAAUGACCAGGUGAUGAACAUGUACGGGGACCUCGUGAUGGACGCGGUGCCCGACAAGGUGCACUUCUUCAACAGCUUCUUCUACGACAAACUGAGGACCCGCGGCUACGAGGGCGUGCAGAGAUGGACCAAGAAUGUGGACAUUUUUGGGAAGGAGCUGCUGCUGAUCCCCAUCCACCUGGAGGUGCACUGGUCGCUGGUGGCCGUGGACGUGGCGCGGCGCACGAUCACCUACUUCGACUCCCAGCGCACCCUCAACCGACGCUGCCCCAAGCACAUCUGCCGCUACCUCCAGGCCGAGGCCGACAAGAAGGAGCGGCCGGACUUCCGGGAGGGCUGGAGGGGGGCCUUCAAAAUGAACGUGGCCCGGCAGAACAACGACAGCGACUGCGGGGCCUUCGUGCUGCAG